CACACUCCGCCGACGCACACGUCGCUUCACUUCGUCCGAUCAGUGCGCCCCCGCCGGACACCGUGAUGACGCUCGCACCCGUUGCUGUCCUUAUUGCCCUCCUGGCCCUGGCAAAUGCCGGUUACCACGGGCAUCACGGAGGCCACAGCAACACGUACAGGAAGCAGAACGAUUACGGCGAAUACACGUUCGGCUACGACGUCGUGGACGGCUACGGCAGUAUCCACGGCCGCCACGAGAGUGGCUCCGCGUACGGACCCGUGGUGGGCUCCUACUACCUGGGUAACAUCGACGGCCGCCACCGGCACGUGCACUACGUGGCCGACAAGUGGGGCUUCCGUGCCAUGGUCAAGACGAACGAGCCCGGCACCAAGACGAGCCUGCCGGCCGCCGCGCCCUACCACUCGGCGAACGGGAAGACCGUGCCGGCCUACGGCAUCUCCGGUCAUGGUCAUGGUGGUUAUGGCGGAUACCACGGCUAGAUCAUCGCUCACCCUGAUACCACGAGGCUCUUCUUCCAGAAAACAUUCAGAGUAUCGACAAAAGCCCAAGCGCCCGGUGGGAAGAACUUGCAGCCUCUGGAAGCAGCGCACGCAAGCAAUUCAUGGUCCAGUACACUCAUGCAAGCAAGCUGUGAAAGCCCUUGGCGACGAUCGGCUCAGCUGAAGAAGCUGUGAAUCAGUGCCUCCGACAAGCAUGUCGGGCGCGUCUGUUUGUCAGCCUCUUUUUUUUUUCCUCUCUGAGCGAAUCAGGCGAGUGCAAACGCUCAACAUUGCCAAUAGUCGUAAACGAGCCGUAAAGUCUUUUUUUAGCUUUUUUUCUUGCCAUAAUAUUAGGGAUAAUCGGGUACAUGGCAGUCCUUUUUUUUUCAUCUUUAAACUGUUUAGUUCAGGCUUAAUCUCGAAAUACGUAUGACAAAAAUACUUUAUAAUUAAGAAUUAACACUUUCAUAAUUAUAAACUAGCACAAUAGUUUGGACAAGCCAAACCUAAUCGAAAUUCCCGUAUGCGUUGAGAAGAACUUUUAUAUUUCGUGUCUGUGUAACCGAGAAAUUCCUAUGAACGCGUUCCUGAAACUUUGAAUCAUUUUUGAAACUCACUUUGUUACUAAUAUUCGAGAAAAAAAUACGAUGAUGGGAAGACACCAUCAGUCGUCCUGCAGAGAGCUGGCCCGGAAUGAAAGUGUUAGCAGCGAGCCCAAAACAAAAAAAAGACAAAACUUAGCGUUUUAAAACACCGUUAUUGUUCAUUAAAAAAAACAAAAAUACGAAGUGUUUCGCGCCAGGCUUCACUGUUUUAAACUGCUCGCUUUUACAGAGGAAAGGAGCUGUGGUCAAUGACGAAUAAGCGAUGCGGCUUAGCCGGUCAAUUGAAUUGCAAAAUUGUGGCAGUUCCUCUGAAAUUAAAAGCAAACUCCAAUUAGUGGGUCGUGGUGUGUCUAUCCCCAAACGACGUAAUCAUUGACUUGAGGAACGUCAAUAUUCAUUGUGUAUAAGUGUACAGAAAACUUCUCACAUUGUGUUUUCUUUGUAACCUUUUCAUGUUCAUUGUGCCUAAAUGUACAGAUUUUCCUAGACAAGUUGUAUUUACUACUGAUCGCCUAUACUCACCCCGUGCAAUAUACACAAGUGUACAGAAACCUCUUACAGUGCUUGCUUCUAUUUCUAUUUCUUAAUGAACUUGCCUGUACGCCUGGCUGGAUGUAACCAAAUGCCUAACUCUUUCUAGAGCAGCAACGCUUCAGUGCUCCGAAGGUUUGUGCCCUUAAAUCUUGCAUCCUACUGCUUUCUCGGCUUGCACAAUCUUCACACGUGUUUUCGCGGCCUUCACACCUCGGCGAACUAAACUGCUGCUCUUAGCCAGAGCUCUAUUGGUCAACAACCCACGAAGAAACCACUGCCCUCAUUUCAGCCGUAACGGCAUUGUUAUAACCGUGCUCAAACGGCUGCUGUUUCCUGCAAUUGCCCGAACGCAGCACGACGCCCACCCCGUAUAAAUAUUGUUCCGCUCUAGUAGCGCCUCGCAUCCACGGCCCAGAAAGCUCGCGCUUUCAUUUCAGAUUAUCUCGCUGGAAAUUGAAAAUGUGCGUUAUUUUCGGCCUUACUUUCCUGAGAUCGCGAAAAAAAAACGGGACAUAUAUUGUGCGUGCCCAAAAAAUUUAGUAUUCUGCAUCGCUUCGCCAUGCUCAUUUAUAUGCGGGUUUCAUGUACAUACAUUCAUUUCAAACUCACACUUUUAUAUACUUUCCCUGUGCUUUAUUUUCCGCUUGUGUGCUGCUUCUAUUUCAUGCUCCUUUUUUUUUGUCUGCGAGCGGCCUUUGCUCGCAGUGCCAACGCGCCGUCAUGACGCAUGGUGAAAGCCGCGUUGCUUGGUAUUAAACCGAUUGUUGCCGUCAUCCUUGUGCUGUGUGUGCGUCUGUGUGUGUUUUGUGGCGAAUAAAGCAAGCGCUCAGCGCUGCACUAACUAUACCGGCACGCGAAAGUUUUUGUUAUCGGCAUCAUCUCAACUUCUAUUUGGUAUUUAAUAUUCCCACUGUCCUUUGUACAAAGUUCGAGUUUCAUUCAGUGAAAAUAAAAGAUGUGCUACCUGUCUGACUUA